CCGUGCCGAGCUGGGGGGGAGGCGGGCGUGCAGCGCUGGCCGCGGCCAUGGCGUUGAACCCGGUGCUGGGGAAGCUGGUCAGCAAGAGGGUGGUGCUGGCCAGCGCCUCGCCGCGCCGCCAGGAGAUCCUCACCAACGUGGGCCUGCGGUUUGAGGUAGUUCCAUCCUGGUUUAAAGAGACACUUGAAAAGUCGUCUUUUGCAGCCCCAUAUGAAUAUGCCAUAGAAACUGCAAAACAGAAGGCUCUGGAAGUAGCAAACAGAAUGCACGUAAAACACCUGAGAACACCUGAUGUUGUUAUAGGAGCAGACACUAUUGUGACUGUGGAUGAGCAGAUCCUGGAGAAACCAGUUGAUAAGCAAGAUGCAUAUAGGAUGCUGUCAAGGCUGAGUGGGAAAGAGCACAGUGUUUUCACAGGAGUGGCUAUUAUACACUGCAGCAGUAAAGGUAAUCAGCUAGAGACAGAAAUCACUGACUUCUAUGAAGAGACUAAAGUAAAAUUUUCAGACCUUUCUGAAGAGCUGUUAUGGGAGUACAUUCAUAGUGGGGAGCCUAUGGACAAGGCUGGUGGAUAUGGAAUCCAGGCCCUUGGUGGGAUGUUAGUUGAAUAUGUGCACGGAGACUUCUUGAACGUGGUGGGAUUUCCUCUGAAUCACUUCUGCAAAAAGCUAGCAGAAUUGUACUAUCCACCCCCCAAACAUACUGUACAGCAUAUAAAGCAUGACUCUAUCCCUUCUGUGGACACUUUUGAAAACCUAAGUGAUGGAGAAGGUGAAUCAUCCAAUUUCACAGAGUGUAAAGGUGCUAAUAAGUUGGACAGUAGCAGCAUGUGUCCCUCAAGACCUGUUUACAACUGUGAGAACAUCUCUAGUGUUAGAACUGGCUUUACAGUACCUUUGGGAAAUCAGAAUGGAGUAUCAGAAAGUGCAGCAAAACUUCCAUCUAAAAUUCUAGACCUGAUGGAUGGUUUUAAAGCUUCAAAGGCGCUGUUUGUAGCCUGUAAGCUGAAGAUCUUUGAUUAUUUGAAAAAUAAAGGUCCUCUGAAGGCUACGGAUGUUGCAAAUGAGGUUGGAACCUCAGUGUGUGGAACAGAAAGACUCCUUGAUGCCUGUGUGGCUCUUGGAUUGCUGGAGAAGACAUCACAAGGCUACAGUAAUACAGAUUCAGCAAAUACUUACCUGACAUCAGAUGGUGAAUAUUCACUUCAUGGCUACAUUAUCCACUCUAAUGAUCAUCUUUGGCCUCUCUUUACAAACCUGGAGUCUGCUGUUAAAGAGGGAAGCAGGCAGAACCAUCGAGCCUUUGGAAGGAAAGCAGAGGAUUUAUUUAAGGACUAUUAUCACAGCCAGGAGGUGAAGCAGCGUUUUAUGGCUGCCAUGCACAAUGUUGCCCACCUGACAGCACGAGAUGUGGCUACAGCAUUUGAUCUUUCACAGUUUAAGUCUACUUGUGAUUUAGGAGGUUGUACUGGAGCUUUGGCUCAUGAAUUAAUACAAAUAUACCCAAGUAUGAAGGUCACAGUGUUUGACCUUCCAGAAGUCAUUGCAAACAUCUCUUACUUUCAGCCUUCAGAACAAUGCACAGCUCCAGUGACGUUUGUAUCAGGUGACUUCUUCAAGGAUAAUCUUCCAGAAGCAGAUCUUUACAUCCUUUCACGUGUUCUUCAUGACUGGCCAGAUGACAAGAUUCAUGUACUGCUAAGUAAAAUAUCAGCUGUUUGCAAACCAGGAAGUGCCUUGCUAGUGGCAGAAAUUGUGCUCGACGAGCAGAAGACGCACCCUCCAACAGCUGUACUGCAGUCCCUCAGUAUGACUGAAGGCAAGCAGAGAAGUGGCUCAGAAUAUAAACAGCUACUGGAGAAAUAUGGAUUCACAAAUAUACAAAUUAAGAUCACAGGAACCUUACUAGAUGCUGUUCUGUGCUUCAAGAAGAAUCUGUCACCUUAGUGUGUACAGAAAUAACAUGGGAUGAAGAGUUCUUAACGCUUAUGCUGGUUGAUGAUGGGUAUAUUGCACACUUUGUCAGUUUAAGAUUGUUUUGACCCUUCACCCCUAUGUUACAGACUUUGAAUAAAAAGUUGGACUGUUGCUUGUGGAGGAAUGAGUUGUAUGCUUUAAAAAGUGUUUUGGGGCAUAUUGAAAAUUGUGUAUGAAAAAGCUUUUGUACACUUUGGCUAGUCUGCAGACUAUGUUAAACUUGGAGUUGAUGUAGCUGUAUAGUAGCAAGUUAAAAAUGACAAGCUUUCAUGAGCCUCAUUAAUACCUGUUUUCUUGGGCCUUAGAGCUACAGAUUUCUCCCUCUGCAGUAUAUUCAGUGGUCACUAUUCAUGUUUAUCAGAAAUGUAAAAAUAAUAAUGAUACUCUAUCAAUAUCAAGAUGCUAGUCCUCUUUUUCACUUCUGUGGGGCUUUACUGAAAAAGCAAUUGAAGGAUAGCAUUUUUAGGCAUGUGUGUUUUUUUUUUUUUUUUUUUGCCUUGGGCAAAAGGGAAAAUAGAACAAAGCUCCAAACAUGUUCCUACAAGAGCAGUAGUGUCAUGAGCUUCAGCAGCCUCUAACGUACAGCCAUAAUAUAUGCCCACAGGCUGCAGUUGAGAGUUGUUCGUAUUGGAUCCUAUCAGUUUUGUUUCUUCUGAAUACAGUUCUACAGCUGAAUGUGACUUCUGUCUCAUUUGACACGAAUCCUAGGCUUUAUACAUAAAUUCUCUUAUGAAAACUAUGAAUAGAAAUUUUAGCAGCUUCUUCAUGUUCCAGUCUUUAACUGGAGAAUUUUAUUCUCUAUCCCCUCUCCUCAAGUAACUCGUAACUUAUGUCACCACUUUUAAUCUUCGUUUUUUCCUGAUAGUUCAUUGGCAUUAUUUUAGAUUUAAAAUUCACUUUGUGGUGGAAGCUUUUCUGGAGAUGGAAGUUGCUUUCCAGAACUAGCUUUCUCAUCUAUCAGUUGUGAGUUUCUUGCCAUAUGUCCUGUCACGUGUUUCUACAGCAAUAAUCCUGAUGAGCCAGGGUGAUAGAGGCAGUACCUGUGUUGAAUCACCGACCUCUGCAAAUAAAAGUUUAUAAGCAAGGUCAAGAGUUACAUCUACCUGGUCUUGUUGAUUAAUCAGAAGUUACUUUGCUCUUUGAGCACUGAGUAAAGGAAAAGUGCUACAGUGAUUUAGUUAAUCAUGAGAAACGUGUAGUACAGAGUAUUUCAGGGAAAUGCAGACUGCUCCCAGAGAUGGGUUCAAGUCUUAGCAGAAGCUUUUUAUGCAUGGAAUUUGGCUGACUUAAUCUGCAUAGACAUUUAGAGAUAAGAUGUUGGCCUACUGAUUAGAUUUAAAACAGCUUUUUCCAUAUUGUUAUGAAGUUUGCCAUUGUGUUUAACGGGUUUGUAUCCUAAGACUCAUUCCAGCAAUGAGGUGUUUCUCACUUCAUAGCUAUUCAUAAAAUUCAUAAUGCUGUUCUUUAAGCUGCUAGAAGCUGUUUGAGUCAGAACACUGCAGUCCUAAAGUUGGCACACCUCUGUCACACUUAGAGGCACAGGUUUAAGUACUGUGUACUUGCUGACUGUAAAACUUAAAUAGCACAUGCUUGGUUACCACACAACCUCAGUGUACUCUGUGAUUAAAGUGCAGCACUUUAUAUGCAGUGAGCCUUAUUCCCUUGGGCAUGGUGUCUGUGGUAAAGUACUACCGCAGCUCUACUGGGCUCUUCAUCAGAUUUCCUUUUUAAAGUAUUCUGAGGUAUGAAUGAAAGCUAUUUAUAAUAAAAUAUUCCAUAAAUAAAUAUGAUUUAUAAAUAUUCAAGUAGUAAAUAUUAAUAGAGUGCUGUGUUGCUGUUGGGUUCAGGAUCACUUUGCUAGCUACUUUUGCCUUAAGAAGGAGGCUAAUACAAACUGUAGACAAAUCUGCUUUGCUGAACAGUCUGAAUGUAGUCUAUAUUCGUGGAUGUCUCCAAACAAAAUAGACUGUUCUAUUUUAGAAACUGGUCUUGCAGUGAGAAGAAAAGAUGCAAGCUGCAUUUUUACCUUCCCGAGUGGCUUGCAUCUACACCCUCAACUUUUACCAUAGUAAGGAGAGUGGGCACAGGUCAGGAGACUGGGCACAGCAAAGGAAUACUGGCAGAAUUUAAGAGGGAGGUGGCUGUGAGACCUGAAAUGUGAGCAAGUCCAGUGGAAGUCACGAUGGCUUGGGGCUGCAUUAUGUAGCUUGCGAGGAGGGCCUUGAAGGAAACGUACCUCAGUCUAGAAUAGGUGGUUUGGGGGGAAAUCGGGCCUUUCACUGCCAAGGAGGCAGAUACCAAAAAGGCAGAGCCAGGCAUGCAAUGUGGAAGGAGAGAAUGGGCAUAACUGGGGAGACUGACUGGAUAUCAAGGGGAGGGGAAGGGAGAAUUGCUCUAAGGACAAUUAAGGGUUGGAGCAGAUUGCCCAGAGAGUCUGUAGAUCUCUGUCCUUCAAGGUUUCAAGAUCUGAGGGCGAUGCCCUGAACAAGCUGAUCUGACUGUAGAGCUGCCACAGUUUGAGCAAGGCUGGACAUCUGUGGUCCUUUAUGACCUAAGAUGUUCUGUAAUCAUCUGGCAUAUUUCAGUCACCUGAGAAGUCAUAAACUCAUCUUCUCUCAUUGAUGUUCAAACUCUGUUCUUCUGAAGAAGGCUGGUAUUAUUUGCAGACUGGUGAAAGGGGUGGAGUUAAUGGCAUUGCACUGAAAAGAUUUCCUCAGCAUUUGGUGCAAGAAAACUUGGGUCUGUUAACUAAUCAGGUCAUAAGGAAUGAAGGAGCUAAGUUUUAAAAUCCAAACAAAUUGCUGCCAAUUAAGCCUAUAGGUUUUCUGUUGCUUCAUUGGGAAAUGGCAUUCAGCGAUGCCUUCUUGAAGAUGCCGUCUUGCCCAUGUUCUUUAACAAACAGUUUGGAGGAAGUCUGAUGCACAGGACUUUUUUAUUUUUUGAGGUGGAGAAUUACGGGUAGAAAAAAUGCUAGAUGAAUGAGAUAGAUAAUGGCUAUUCUGUGUCCCCCUCUCAGGGUAUACAAAAUUUGGACACUGUCUUCCAAAGUUGUACCACAGCGAUGACUUAAAAAUGACAGUCCUGCAUCACUCUACCUAGCAUUUGCUGUGCAGAGACUGUAGUACUCAGCUCUCUGUUAAAGGCAAAGAAGAAUCACACAAGAAGGGUGAGAGGGAACAGAAACUACAGGUUCUUGACAAAUGGGGUUCAUCUUUCUAGCCUGAGAUACCUAAACAUCAGGCAUUCAAGUAAUCUAGUCACCUCAAGUUCCUAUUGCUAGAGAAUAGGUAUUUUCAGUAAAUGCUUCAUCUUGCCUAUCUAUGAAAGGAAAUUUCCUGGGUUUUGUAUGGAAAUCGAUUAUACAUUUAAUGGUGGAUAGUCUCUAUUUAAGAAAGCUAACUGAAAUGCAUUUAAUUUUUCAAUGCCUGAAUUCAGACAAGAAUCCCAUGGGAGAGGGAAUGUAGGUUCAGUUCACCUCAGACAUGCUUGGCUAAUCGUUUUUCUUUGUGAAGCACUUGUUCACCACAGCGUAAGUGGCUUGAACUUGCUUUAAGGUAACUAAUAAUAUGGUGAUGAUGUAGAGAACUCAGUAAGCUUUCAGAAGGACUUCAACAACACCUGAUAGUAACACAGAUCUCAUCCAGCAAUUUUAUCAAGUCCUAAUCUUUUUUCUACCUAGCUGCAGUGUUAUGCUUCAUUUAUUUAUUUUUUAAAUGGCUAAAUGUCAGAAGUGUACUGAUUGGAAUGGCAAAAGGGAUUGUCUUCAUCAUCAGAACACAGUUAUUAAUGUUGUGCAGCACUUAGUACUAAAAUCACUGUAAAAUGGCUGACAUUUUAAUCUGAGUUGGUGGCUUCCUAUCUCUACUGUGCCAAGAGAAACUGCCAUAUAAGAUGCUGGUCCAAAAGACUCUAAGUAAAACAAGCGCUGUUUUGUCAGUAAUCCCCUCGCUCAUGUCUUCCCUUUCAUGGGUCUGAAGAUGGAGGAGGACGCUGUGUGAGCACAGAGUAACUCAAGUUCUGCUCUCCGCCCUUGGUUGCUCCCAGCAAAAAACCUCAGUUUGUACAGAAAUAAUGUGCAGUGUUGGCUGCUUCUGUAACACUUGCCAUCCACCACAAUUUCAAUAUGAAGGUGAAGCAGCAGUAUAUUCCAAAUAAUUCUAACUACUAUACUUAUCUUACUGUUUUCCAUAGCAGUUGCACCAAGUCUAAGUAGCCCCCUCUUGCCCUGCAAACAGCUGUGAUGUGUGUUGGAUUUUCCUGUGUUUUUUUAUAAGAGUAGUGGAUUAUACAUUUAAUAGUGGGUUGGUCGUUUAAAAUACAGCAAAUGGGUAAAUGAA